AGAGAAGGCCACUGAUGACGAGUUCAGUAGCAUCCGGUUCAUAUGCAGAACGUGCGGUUGAUCGAAACUUGGCUACAUCCUUUGAGAGCGACGCUGCCGUAGCCGGGGAAGCCUACUGGCAAAUUGAUUUGGAAAAUAACUACGACGUCAAACAAAUAACUAUUCACUUCCCAGAUGAAUCAACUGGGAACGAGAACAGAACAAUUUCUCUCUCCAGGGAUUCGGAGUUUCAUUCUGCCAGAACUUUCCUGUGCGGCCAGAAUAUCGGCAAUGGUACCACGAGGAUCACCUGUCAGAGGUUGUUUCCCGCACGUCACAUCCGUGUCACUACCAACGUGCCACCUCUGGCUAUUGCUGAAAUAGGAGUUCUUGAAGUGGCGGAAGUACAGUUGUCCAUGGUUGACAUUACUGGUAAACCUGCAUCUCAAAGUUCUACAAGUCCGGGCGACACCGCAGUACAAGCAAUUGAUGGAGACAGUUUUACCAUGAGUAUGACGGACCCAUCUGACUAUUCGGGUUACUGGAUGCUGAAUUUAGAGCAACCUUACAUCAUCAGAAGCAUACUGAUUCAAGUUCCAAUAGUCUCGAACAUGGCGGGUGCGUCCAUCCGCUUCUACGACGUUAACCCGAAUACUGGAGGCGCAUUAUUCUACCUUUGCGGUACAAUCGUCGACAUCGGGCAAUCAAAGUUUGACUGUAAAGCCCCCUUUUCACCGCAGUAUAUAACAGUGACAGAUGUAACACCGAUCGCGAUUGAAGUCCUACAGGUGUUUGAAGAGGAACCAGCAACGGAACCGACUACAACGCCAUCAGAACCGACAACAACGCCAUUAGUCAACCUAACAGGAAAGCCACUGGAAUACAGUUCAGUAGAAUCAGGAUACGAAGAAGACCUUGCGAUUGAUGAAGACCUGCUUACAUAUUUUUCAUCCGACGCUAACAAACCCGGAGAAGCCUUCUGGCAAAUUGAUUUAGAAGGUUUCUAUGAGAUCAGGCGAAUAACUGUCCACUUUCCAUUAGGGUCUGUGGUGACUACUAAAAGGACGAUACAUCUCUCCUUGGAUUCGAAAAUUGAUCCUCUACAGACUUUCACCUGCGGUGAGAACAUCGGUGACGGUACCUCAACAUUCACCUGUCAGAUUUGGUUUACUGUACGAUACAUCCGUGUCACCAGUGAUGUUCCGCCACUUGUUAUUGAAGAAAUAGAAGUGUAUGGCGAGAAGGACGUGGAGUCGACGUCUGAAGGCACUCCCCCUGUGGCGUCAUCAUCAAUUGGAACAUCCCCUGCGAAUGUCCCUACCACGACACCAGUACCGACUACAACGCCAUCAGGUAAUACCAAAAGGAACGACCCCUGUGGCGUCAUCAUCGGUUGGAACAUCCCCUGCGACUGUCACUACAACGACACCAGUACCGACAACAGUGUCUUCAGCUACCGCCGCGGACCCAACUGUCAGCUACCACUUGACAAGACGACUUCCGCCACCGGGCCCAUAUGUGUGGCAAUUGUUUGCCCCAACACAGACGUCAUUGCAGGAUCUGCCUACAAGGUCGUGCAUGGCCACACCCUGGCGACUCCAACUGAUACGGUGACGGUUCCCUCGGCAACCACGUGCAGCAUCUGGUGUCUGCAGAGCCCCGGAUGUACAGCCUUCAGCUUCAACAAGGCACUGCUCGUCAACAACUGUAAGAUUGGAGCAAGUCAAAGCACCGUGUCAAGUUCAGGUUGGACUGCCAACAUCAAACGCUCAAACAUGGAGAUUCGUAGAGUGGGAUAUUCAUGCUCGUAA